AUGGAGAUCCUGACGCUUCGGAUCUGUAAGACCAACCCCUUCGUUGUGCUCUGUGAGUUUAUAGAUAGGGAAGAUGUUGGGAUGGGCCAACUCAAUGUCCUGGAUCUGUGUCUGGAUGGUAUAGCUGAGCUGGUUAGGCCGUCAGCUCUCCUGCACCCACACCACCAGGGCUACUCUCCAGCACUGCCUCAGCCAGCUCAUCUAAUGUUGCAGCCAACAAGGGGUAGAGCCAAAUCCCCAGGUCUCAGGCCUUUGAGGCUGGUCACCUACGCUCAUGCCAGCAGGGCCGGUUUUAUUGUGUUCCCAGUAGAGGUGCAGGGCCAACUUUUGCUGCAGCUGAAGUCCUUUUACUAUAUUCCCAUUGUGAGCAGUGUGACCCUGUGGGACAGAGGCUCGCCUCAGAUAAGCCCCAUCCCUCGUUGUAAAACUACAGCUUUGCCCUGCUCCAGAUUCCUUACUCACAUGAAGAAAUUUUCCUCAUCAAAUAAAACGGAUAAAUUACAUUUUCUGCCAUUUCCAGGAUCUAUAGAGACCCAUAGUCCAAAGACAGGUAAAAGACUACUUUGCGUUCACCAGUACACAAUCCCCAAGUCUCCUGCAAGCACCGUUUCUUUAGACGAAGAAGUUGGUGGAGAAGCCUGUCCUUCCCUGACACCGUCCAGUGAAAUGGAGGAAGACGAUCUUUUCUUUACUAUUAAUGAAAUGCAGAAGCCACCUAGACGAUUGCCCAAGCAGACCUGGAUCAGCCCAUUUCUGGAAACGCAAGCUGCCAAUAAACUGCUUAAAAGAUCACAGUCGGUGAAUACCAUUUCUCUGGAAGCUGCAGGUAGACAUAUACCACUUCAGAACCAUCCCUUGGGCAACUCCAAGGGAGAUUCUGGUCCUGUGAUGAGACCUUUCACCGCCAUUGGCCUCUGCAGAAAUCUCAGUCAGAACUCCUCUCAGCCGAUCAGCUGUAGGACUUCCGAAACUGUGCAACAGAAAAAAGUGUCAGCCUCAGGAUCCCCAACUCAAACAGAUUCCCUAGCUGUGUGUGGAAGUGCAUUAGGAAGAGGCACGGUUGCCACCACAACACUGGAGACAACCUGCAAGCAUUCUUAUCACACCGAACGGAGGCCAAAGGCAUCUAUCUCCUCCCUUUCCCCUUCCCCUUCCCCUUCCCCUUCCCGUGUAGUCAAAGAGCCCCUGCCUCUGCUCGUGGGCUCCUCUACCCGUUUAUUUUCCAAGAAGUUAAUGAAGGCUUGCUCCUCAAUGGCCCCGCGCCCACCCCGGGAUUUCCAUAGGGCUUGUUCACAGACUCUUUCGAAGCCGGUGGUGAAUACUCACACACGCUGCUGAGAAGGAAUUGUUCUGCGAGCUCUGCCCAUCUUCCAAUCAAUGCCUGCCCAGAACAACAGAAAGGGCCUCAGAUGUAUUGGUUUCCACAGAACCAUUGUUAGGCUUUGUGAAGCAUUUCUGAACCUAAUAAAUAACGUCAAAAGUCUCUAUCGCCGCCAAAAAAAAAAAAAUGUUCUUUUAAAAGCAUUUGUAAUAGUAGUUUUGUUCUGCAGUGUCUCCCACUGUUGCAAAGAAUUCGUGCCGCACAAU